AUGCUGGCCAAGUUUUUCACUCUUUCUUUGGCCUGUGCCGCCUUUGCAUCAGCACAGAGUGCGUCGCUUGCUGUUUCCCCGGCCGUCGAAACACUCGCUGCGACUGUCACGCCUGCAAACCUUCCUCUUUUUGAUAGCGAGACGAUCCAGUUAACAGACAAUGUUGUGGCUGCACUUCAACAGAAUCCCGAUUUCGCAGACUAUGCCUCACUUGUUGAGUUUGAGGAUAGCGUAAACUCAACGCUCUCGAUGCGGACGCGUCGUGCUCGCAGAGCGCUUCGUUGCAAGACGAUGCCUGGAGAUGACUCGUAUCCGAACAAGGCGGAAUGGGAUGUCUUUGACAAAUUGCUCGGCGGUGCUCUGGAGAAGAUCGUUCCCAUCGCUUCGCCUUGUUAUAAGGAUUCUGAGUAUGAUAAUUACGACGCUGCCAAGUGCGCGACUCUGGUCAAAAACUUCGAUGCAGAGGAAUUGUACUACAACGAUAACGGAGCCUUGAUGAACCCUCUGUAUUACGGGAUGACAUGUCCACUUCCUGCAUCAGGCGACUUCGCGAACGGUACUUGCACCCAGGGCGGCUACUCAGAGUAUGCUGUAAAAGUCAGCAAUGUGGCACAAAUCCAGUUGGCUGUGAACCUCGCGCGCAACCUCAACCUUCGCCUGGUCAUUAGAAACACUGGUCACGACUACAAUGGUCGCUCGGUUGGAAAAGGUGCGCUUAGCAUCUGGACUCAUGGCUUGAAGGAAAUCAAGUAUGUUGAAGACUACGAGAGCCCCACGUACAAAGGUCCUGUCUUCAAAGUUGGAGCUGCUGUUCAGGGCUUUGAGCUAUACGAGGCUGCCGACAAGUAUGGUGUCUCUGCCGUUGCUGGUAUCUGCCCCACGGUCGGCGUGUUUGGCGGGUACUCCACAGGCGGUGGUCAUUCGCCUCUCAUGCAACUGUUCGGUGUCGGCUCGGAUCAGAUCAUUGCUCUUGAAGUCGUCCUUGCCAGUGGCCGCUUCGUUACCGUUACUCCAGAGGUCAACGGCGACCUGUAUUGGGCUAUGCUCGGCGGCGGUGGCGGUACCUUUGGGGUCAUUACUUCGGCUGUCGUCAAAGUCCAUCGCAAAGUUCCGGUGACCACCUCUUCCUGGACCAUAAUGACGUCCGAGAACGUUACUGCCGAGAAAUUCUGGGAGGCUUUCAGGUUCUUCUUCGACAACAUUCCCGUUUACAACAGGGCUAAGACGUACUCCUAUUUUUCGGUUAUGAAGCUCGCGCCGGGUACCUAUAUGUGGUCUAUGGGUCCGUUCUUCGCCACUGAUAAGACAGUCGAGGAGUAUAAGGCUUUGAUCAACCCGUUUUACGAGAAGUGCGCUGCCCUCGGUAUUGAGCUGAACGCCAAUACGACUCACUAUGACAGCUUCUACCCGGCGUAUCAGGCCACGUUCGGCACGUUCAAUUAUUACAUUGGUGGUGCCACAGGUAUUCCGGCUAAUCGUUUGGUCACAUCAGACAAUUGGAAGACGUCCGAGAUCCGUGACCAGACCUUCGCCGCCGUCCAGAACGCUGUCGAAAAUGCCAUGAUGAUCAACAUGUACCACCAGCGCCCCGCCGAUCAAGAAAACAGGGAUAUCAACUCCGUCAAUCCUGCAUUCCGAGAUGAAGAGAGCCAGAUGGUCAUCAUCAAUUCGGUCGCUGAAGAAACCGCUGCGGGAUGGCAGGCUGCCGUCGAAAAGCUCACAACUCAGGUCAUGGCUCCUCUUCGUGAGGUGUCGCCCACUGGCGGCGCGUAUGGAAAUGAGGCCGACAUCGCCGAGCCCAAAUGGCAGCAAUCUUUCUGGGGCUCGAAUUACCCUAGGCUUCAGCAGAUCAAGAAGACGUAUGAUCCUGACAUGCUCUUCUACGUGCACCACGGGGUAGGCACUGAGGGCUGGACGAUCGAUGAUGAUGGUAUCAUCGGCGCCGGUGUCCAAUCGACGGACGGUCCGUUGUGUCGCGUAUAGUCAGGCUAUAGCACUGCUCGCCGAUCCUGUAGAUAGUCCAAUGCGAUAGCGAUAGCAUCAAUGGGAGUGUCCUUGAUGCGACGUUCCAGGCGCUGACUGAGUACGCGUCACCCAUGCCGCACGGCGCCUACGACGACGCCCUCGACUCAUCUGAUGGUGAGCUUCCCGUGUGCCAAGGACUUGAUGCGACGAAAGAAAAACGUUGUUUCGAGAUUUCGGCAGUUGUCAUCUGCUUGGGCAGACGCGGAGACUUUUGACAGCCGGACUCUGUGGUCAAGAGGGUCCAUCAUGGCUCUGAGGAGAAGCCGUCGACAAGAUUCUAUAAUUCUCCGUGCUUCACAAUGCGAUGUGACAAGAUAGCGGAAAAUGCACCGCGGAUUCCGCUCUUUUACGUGCCCGAAGGAUU